AGUUUGAACAAAAUUGGAUCCAAUGUAUGUGAGGAUGCUGCAAAGUUCCACCUGUCAUGUAUACAUCGUUAGAUAAGAUAGGAGUAUAUACUAGUUUUGUUUUGUUAUUUGACUCUGUUUCGUGGGUGCUUCCAGUUUGGUUGUGAGAAAGUAAAGGUUCUUUUGGAACAAAGACUUUUAAAAGGGAGGAAGAUCACACCCUCCUCGCCUUCUCCAACUUGGGAACUCAUAGAAGAUGGACUCAAACUCAUCGUCAACAAAUUCUGAUAGUUUUACUUCGAGAUCUUGGCUCUUGAGACCGUUACGUGCCCUGUGUGGCUGUCAGUCAUUUUCCGAUGUGAGCAUGCUGGACCAAAAAGGUGCAACGUCUAGUUCUUCCCAGCAUUCUGAUAGCAUUCAAAGCUAUAGAUAUAGAUAUGAUGUGUUUAUCAGUUUCAGAGGUUCCGACACGCGCAACACCUUCGUUGAUCAUCUCUACUCUCAUCUCGUCAGAAAAGGUAUUUUCGUCUUCAAGGAUGAUAAACAACUUCAGAAAGGGGAAUCCAUUUCACCUCAACUUCUACAGGCAAUUCAACAUUCACGGGUUUCUAUUGUUGUCUUUUCGAAAGAUUAUGCUUCAUCAACUUGGUGUUUAGAUGAAAUGGUUGCCAUUGCUGAUUGCCGUGCUAAAUUUAAACAAAUUGUGUUUCCUGUUUUCUAUGAUGUUGAUCCAUCUCAUGUGCGAAAGCAAAAUGAAGUUUAUGAGAGUGCUUUUGUUUUACACGCUGAGAAAUUCAAAGAUGAUCCAGACAAGGUUGAUGGGUGGAAGAGAGCUAUGACUCGUUUCGCUGGAUUGACAGGUUGGGAUGUCAGGAAUAAGCAAGAAGUUGAAGAGAUUGAAAAUAUCGUCCAGACUGUAAUAGAAAAGUUGGGUCAUAAAUUCUCAGGGUAUGCUGAUGACCUUAUCGGAAUACAGCCUCAAGUAAAAGCAUUAGAAAAACUUUUAAAACUAAGCUCACAUAAUGACCGUUGUCUAGUUUUAGGAAUAUGGGGGAUGGAUGGCAUAGGAAAGACAACUCUUGCAACUGUCUUGUAUGACACAAUCUCACAUCACUACCAAUAUGGUGCUUGUUGUUUUAUCCACAAUGUUAGCGCAAUUUAUAAAGAGGGUGGUGCUGUUGCUGUUCAGAAACAAAUUCUUCAUCAAACUAUGAAAGAAAAAAAUCUGGAUGCAUACAGUCCCUCUGAAAUAUCUGGAAUUAUAACAAAGAGGCUAUUUAACAUGAAGCUCCUUUUAGUUCUUGAUGAUGUUGAUCAAAUUGGGCAGCUACAAGAAUUGCACAUAAAGACCGAAUUGCUUUGUCCUGGAAGUAGAAUAAUCAUAACAACUAGAGAUGUGCAUAUUCUUAAAUUGUUUGGAGCGCAUAAAAUUCAUAAGGUCAAUUUGAUGAAUGACAGUGAUGCUCAGGAACUUCUAUGUAGAAAAGCUUUUAAAAGUGAUAAUUCAAGCAACAACUAUGCAGAACUCAUUCCUAAGGUGUUAAAAUAUGCUCAAGGUCUUCCGUUAGCAAUUAGAGUAAUGGGUUCUUUCUUGUAUACUAGAAAUACCACCCAAUGGAGAGCGAUCUUGAACGGAUUGGAGAAUAAUUCAGAUUUUAGUGGAAUUAUGAAAGUGCUACGGUCAAGUUUUGAGGGACUAGAGCUAAGAGAGAGAGAAAUAUUUUUGCACGUUGCUUGCUACUUUGAAGGGGAGAGGGUGGAAUAUGUAGGGCGAAUUCUAGAUGCUUGUGGAUUGCAGCCUGAUAUUGGAAUUUCGCUUAUUGUUGAAAAAUCAUUCAUAACCCUUAGAAAUCAGGAAAUUCAUAUGCAUAAAAUGUUGCAAGAGUUGGGGAAGCAAAUUGUUCGGGAACAACAUCCUGAUGAGCCGAGAUUAUGGAGUAGAUUGUGGCUUUAUUGUGAUCUCCAUGAUGCGAUUAGAAAACCGGAAUCAAUAGAAGCUAAAGCCAUAAUUCUAAAUCAAAGGGAGGAUGUCAGCAAAUUCAUACAGUUGAGGGAUGAAGAAUUAACAAAAAUGAAGAACUUGAAAGUGCUCAUAUUGUAUCAUUCAAAUUUUUCAACAAGCCCAAAAUUUCUUUCUGAUUCCCUAUGCUAUCUUUUGUGGAAUGGUUACCCUUUCAUGUCUUUGCCAUCAAAUUUUCAACCAUACAAUCUUGUAGAAUUGAAUAUGCCUGAUAGCAACAUGGAACAACUAUGGAUAGGCAUUCAGCAUCUCCCCAAAUUGGAAAGGAUAGAUCUCAGUAACUCCAAAAAUCUGAAGGUGACUCCAUGCUUUGAAGGGAUGGAAAAACUUGAGCGGCUAGAUCUUACAGGAUGCAUAAAUUUGUUGGAGGUGCAUCCAUCAAUUGGACUUCUUACAGAACUUGUAUUCUUGAGUUUGCAAAACUGUACUAGUCUAGUCACUCUUGAUUUUGGCAAUGCACAAAGACUAAGGUCUUUGAGAGUUCUUCGUCUCGCUGGUUGUACAAAACUUGAAAACGCUCCAAAUUUCAGUGGAACAUUAAUUCUUCAGUACCUUGAUAUGGAUCGAUGCACAAGUUUAUCCACAGUUCAUAAAUCUGUUGGGGCUCUUGCAAACCUUAAAUUCUUAAGUUUGAGAGACUGCACAAAUCUUGCUGAAUUGUUUAUCAACUUUAAUAUAAUGACAUCUCUUGCAACUCUAGAUCUUCAUGGAUGCUCUAAAUUAAUUGGGUUGUCAUUGAGUCAGAAUUCCACUUAUUCUCUGCGAUCUUUGGUUUUUCUAGACUUAAGUUAUUCCAAUAUUUCUCUAGUACCUAAUGCUAUUGGAGAAUUAAGAUGUUUAGAAAGACUAAAUCUUCAGGGAAAUAACUUUACCGAAUUACCCUCCACCCUCAAUAGACUUUACAAUCUAUCAUAUUUAAACUUGUCACAUUGUCAUAAGCUUCAAAGUUUGCCUUAUCUCCCAAUAGAAAGUGGUCCAUCAGAUUCAGUGGGAAGAUAUUUUAAAACAACAUCUGGAUCCCGUAAUCAUAGAUCAGGAUUAUAUGUGUUUGACUCUCCCAAUUGGUCGAAGUACGCUUGGAAGUUCGACUUUCGCAUCACUAAUUGGAUACGAAGAUUACUUAAGGAACCUCUUCACUUUCGUUGUGGCUUUGACUUUGUUAUUCCUCGGUAUGAGCAUCCCGGUUAUUCUGAUGGAGAUGAGCUCAUUUCAAAGAUUUUCGGCAAUCAGUGGUUUGAAGGGGGUUCAAUAGUAAGGAUAAAUGACCCUGUUAUUGACGUCGACUGGCUUGGCUUUCUCUUUUGUGUAAAAUUUGAGUUAAAUAAUCAUCCUGAACAAUCUAGUUCUUCACAUCAAUCGCUCUCUUCGUCACUGCCACAUCCUUUUUAUCUUUCUUUUGAGAGUGAAUACAUAGAAGAACGCUUUGAUAUGUCACUUAAUUUGGAAUCAAAAAAGGUUGAUGGCUUAAACUAUGUUUGGAUGAUCUAUAUAUCUCGGGAACACUGCCAUUUUGUGAAAACAGGAGCACACAUCACAUUUAAAGCCCAUCAAGGUUUGAUUAUCAAGGAAUGGGGGUUGCGUCUCAUAACCAAGAAAGACACACAGGGCUCAAUGAUGGAAAUGAGUGUACCAGUACAUCUUCCUUUAAAGAAUGUGAAAGUAAAACAAAGAAGCGGAAGCAGUAGUUUUGAGCCCAAAAUCCAACUUCCUUACAAUUGGUUUGUUUCUGACAAAGAUGAAGCUGAGAGGGAUGAAGCCAAGGGAAAAGAAACUCAUCUCUUUAAUCUUGGCCUUUUAAACGAAAGUUCACAAUGAAAAUAACACUAUAUAUUUCUCCCAGUCCUGAGGGGAUGCUAUUUGUAUGCAGAUAUGAUUCUGAUCUUUGCUUUGGUAGCUAUGACCUCUCCACUAGCUUAAUCUAUAUGGACUCAAGUUUGUGGAACCGUAUGUACUACACAGACAAAAACAACUGGGUGCUGCGAGUUGGGAACUUGAAGUGUUUUAAAUUUUAAUAUAAAUAUGACUUUUUGUGUGUUUUGGCUACAAUGUUUACAGUUUUUUUAUACUGAGAGUGUUCCUAAUAAUUAUAAGCUUUGUGAAUUUUGUCAGACUUCACUUGUCCCAUACUUUGUGGUUGGUACGAUAAUUUAUUUAUGUUUUUAUAUGUUAAUUUGAAAUUGAAAGAUGGAAUAGAAUCACUUUCCUUAUGGUUA